AUGGCCUGCAACAGCCUCUGCCGACCCUGCGGACCCACCCCGCUGGCCAACAGCUGCAACGAGCCCUGUGCCCUGCAAUGCCAGGACUCCCGUGUCAUCAUCAACCCUUCCCCUGUGCUGGUCACCCUGCCAGGACCCAUCAUGACCUCCUUCCCCCAGAUCACCGCCGUUGGAUCCACCUCCUCGGCUGCUGUGGGCACUGAACUCAGUGUGCAGGGACAGCCCAUCUCUGGGGGAUUUGGUGGCUUUGGUGGCUAUGGGCUUGGCUAUGGCCGUGGAUUUGGCUAUGGGCUGGGCUGUGGCUAUGGCAGAAGGGGCGGCUACAUCUGCUAA